AAAUAAGGAAAAGAAUUAAAAAAUAAAUAAAUAAAAAUAAAAAUCUAGGUUUUCCAAAUCCCUCCCUCUCGCUUUCUCCCUCGGAUUUUCCUUCCCUCCAAACGCCAUUCCUACUGUUGUUUCUUUUUCACUUUUAUUUUCCGGGAAAGUUGGAGGAAGUUUUACAGGUUUUUAUGUUUGGCGCCCGGUGGUCUAAAAACUUUGGUGUCGUUUUCUCCGGGAAGUUCAUUUUCCCUGGAGAAUUUCACCUCCGAAUUUUCCUUCCGCGCGCUUCUUCUCUGAAUCAGGCCUUUCACUGGUAUCUCACUCCCUCUCUGGUCUUUUGCGUGUGAUAACUGAUCUCAGAGGAAAAGUAACUGGUAAUUGGAACUGAGGAAGGAAAGUAGUUGUCAUUAAAAUAUCUGUAGAAUCAAGGAGCGAGGGAAUUUCAGAGCUCUAAAGAUAAAGGCCCUCCUUUUACACGUUGAUUUUGGAUUGUUGAUUUUGUUAUCUUUAGUAAUGACACUGUUUUGCAUUGAUCUCAAGUCAUCUUAAAUUUUAAUGCUAAUUGCUUUAUGGAUUUGGAAGUACUUUCACCUUCCUCUUCACCUUCACGAUCAAGGGCUUUGGUGAAAUGUUGUAAUUGUGGGUGUAGCUUUUCUUUAGUUGCUUCUUCCUCCACUAGUUCUUGGUUCCGGUCUGUGAAACGAAAAUAUGAUGAGUUUGAGGAGAGAAAUCGAUUUUAUAUACCUGGAUUUGAUCUUUUCUCGAAUCCACGAGUGGAAAUUGAGAAUGAAUGUGCUACACUACGGGAAACAGUUAGUAGCCAACAGCAGGCAAUACAAGAUUUAUAUGCUGAACUGGAAGAGGAGAGAAAUGCCUCUUCGACAGCUGCAAAGGAGGCAAUGUCAAUGAUACUGAGGUUGCAGAGGGAGAAGGCAGAGAUCCAAAUGGAAGCAAGGCAAUUCAAGCUUUUUGCAGAGGAGAAGAUGGCACAUGACCAACAGGAGCUUUUGGCUUUUGAGGAUAUAUUGUAUAAGAAAGAGCAGGCCACUCAAGCACUUACUUGUGAGGUGCAGGCUUAUAAACAUAGGAUGCUGAGUUAUGGGCUCACAGAAGAAGAGGCAGAGGGGGAGAAGGGUGAGAGAAGUGAGUUUAGCCGCAACCCAAGUAUGGCUGAAAAUUUGGACGCUGCCCAAUUUGAAUUUCCAGCAUAUGAUUAUCCACCCCUGAAAUGCAAUUUGAAUGAGAACCCAAGUGCUUUGGAGGGCGAUGAUGACGUUGUUGACAUUGAGAAAUAUGCUUUUGGUGAGACUCCUCAUGCUCAGGAUCAUCUGAAGAAUUUGGAAUACAGGAUCAAUCAGAUGGAGCAAAGUCCCAGUAGCAGUCAUUUAGAUGGGGAAUCUUCUGGUUCAAAGAAUAUUCCAGAGAAGGUGAUAGUUGGCCAUUCUCCCAGGCGACCAAGAGACAGGAUGUUUUCUGCAGAUGGUUCAAGUUCAUUCAUGGGGGUGUCAAGAGAAACAGUUCCAGAUCUUGUGACUGAAUCUCCUAAUUUCAAGUUCAACAAUAGCGUUAAGAAGAUGGAUUAUGUUUCUCAAUCAGAAGACUGCUUGAAUUUGAGAAAGGUGGAUAAUGCAUCAGAUUUUGGAGAUGACAUGAGUGACAGAGUUUAUACAAUUGAUUCUGUCCACAGCAGGGUACCAUAUAAUGGUGUUGUCGAGCCAAAAGCUGGAUCUGGGAUUUGUGAAGAUUAUGUUUCCGCUCCAAGGGACGCAUUAAAUCGACCUGAUGUUAGUGAUCCUGAUAUCAAAAAGCUCUACAUGAGGCUUCAGGCACUUGAGGCUGACAGGGAAUCUAUGAGGCAGGCAAUUAUUUCAAUGCGCACUGAUAAAGCGCAGAUGGUGCUCUUGAAAGAAAUAGCUCAACAUUUGUGCAAGGAAAUGUCACCAGAAAGGCGAAUGCCUGUGAAGAAGCCAUCUCUUCUUGGGACCUUUUCCUUCAUGUCAAUUUUCAAGUGGAUCGGGUCCUUCAUUUUCUGGAGAAACAAAGCUCGUCGAAGCAAGUAUAUGUGUGGACUUUCAGCGAGCAAUGUUGGUCUGCUACUGCUUCUGGACAAAGGGCCUCGGACAAGGCAGUGGAGAUGUCUUAGAAGUACACAAGUGUGAACCACUAGUCAAACUUCCAUAUCCAUUUGAUGCUGAUGUUCAUAUAUGUGAGCCCAUAGUGGAUUUUGGUUACGUUGCUAUAAUUAAUCGCAUUCUUUUUCUGGAUUCAUUGCUGCUGCAGAUUUGGAUGUGUUGUGCAUUGUUCUUUCAUUUGGUUUCUAUGGAUUGAAUAUAUUUUUUCGGUAGUGAAAGAUGGAUAUGGUAUGGGAAUAUGUUUGGCCAUUUAGUUUGUUGGCAUUUAGCUUGAGGUACGUCUCUUGACAGUCCUGUAUAUUUCAUAUUCUUGUAUGAUUCCCAUCAAAUAUGCUUUUUUUUUUCUCAUGCAAAGAUGAAUCCAUCUCCGAUGUUGUAUA